GGACCACCUGCUAACCCACCUUUCUCCCUCCCUCCUCUCUCAUGUUUCUUACUACCUCCCUUACCAACCUUCCUACCAUCUAUCACCUUUUCUCUCAUGCUUUAUCUACUACCAAGCUUGUUACUACUACCUCCCUUGCUAGUUUAUCUGGUCUCUCGUAUACUUGCUUUCAUAUUAGCACUGCCUCACUUGUCAGCUUUUCCUUCUUUUUGUUCUCCUACUAUUCUACUGUCUCCAGUACCUCCUCUCCUACCACCCCCAGACUUUCUUCACCCUUCCUUAUGUCUUGUCCUUCUUUUCUACUUUAUCCACCAUCAUUGUUCCCUUCUGUUUCUUCUGUCCAGCCUGCUCUCUUGCUACCUGGUCUAAUUCCUUACUUGUUUAGUUUUCUUCCACCCAACUUAUCAGCUUUCCCAGCGACAUUCCAUACUUACCACCUCACCACAGUAGCUACUGCGUAUAUACCGAACUUAAAUUCAAUAUUUAGAAUUACUUGUGAUACAUAUACAAUGUUUAUGUGAAAUUGGUUAAUAUUCUAUCACACAAGUUUCAAAUGCUGGGAUAUAGUCAGACACAAUAAGAUUGAUGAAAUAUCGAGAUAAGAUUAUCAAGGUACUAAAGUACUAUUUUUGUAACAUUGUGAGAGAGCUGGUUGAGGAUAUUGGCUAAUAUAUUAAAGAACCAAGGAGGAUGAAAAAUAGAUAAAAAUUGAUUGAUUCUAGGGAAAAAUAGAGAUAA